CGAGGGCUAGUGUUUAUACAUUUCAAAAUUUUUAAUUUUCUUUAAUUCUAAAGCAAAAUGAGUGACGAUAGUGAUUACCAGUUCACAGACGACGACGUUGACGAUACAAAUCACUCAAGAAUCGUCGAGAACGUCCUCAGUUUGAAUAAAGCUCAAAAUCUAAAAAGGCCUUCUCGUACCGAACCGACUUUACAGAUUUCCGAAUUCAACUUGGUCAAAUCUGUAACGGGCCAGCUGCAAAUAGACGAUUUAACCAAGGUAUUAAAAACCCGUAAGAAACACGCAAAAGUAGGCGAAAAAGUUGAAAGAACUAAAAAAAAGACACACACCUUACCAAAACCAUUAGAAAAGCCUCAAGCAGAAAGGAUAAGACGUUCUGUGGGUUACGAAAAAAACCGAUUUUUAUUUGAUAGAUGGGAAGCUUUUGUAACAUCCAACAGAGCCUCCGCACAUCAAGUAUUUCCAUUGGACAGCGUAGAAAAUUUAAAAGUAGAAACCAAAAAAGCUGCAGACAUUGCCAGUACCUGGACAUACAAAUCGGAUUUACAAAAAGAAUUAGAAUCACUUGAAAACAAAGUUGAAGUCUAUAAUAUUGAUGAAAAUGACAAAGAUGAUGAGUUUCCUUUAACUUUGGAAGAAUUGAAGGAAAAACGACAAGAAGCAGCAAAGCUAAGGGCUCAUCAAAGCUACAAAGAAGCUAAAGCCAGGAGGCAGAAUAAAAUCAAAAGUAAAAAAUACCAUAGAAUAUUGAGGAAGGAAAGAAUUAAACAACAACUAAAGGAGUUUGAAGAGUUACAAAAAACAAAUCCUGAAGCAGCUUUGAAGAAACUUGAAGAAAUUGAAAAGGCUAGAGCAUUAGAGAGAUUCAGUUUGAGGCAUAAGGGUACAGGACAAUGGGCUAAGAGUAAGCAAGUUAGAGCAAAAUAUGAUAAAGAGAGCAGACAAGUGUUGGCCCAACAACUAGCAAUAAGCAGAGAAUUGACUCAAAAACAAAAACAUAUGGAGAGCGAGUCAGAAGAAGAAGAACUUAAAAUUGAAGAAAGUUCCAGUAAUAAUCCUUGGAUUAUUAAGCCUGAUAAGGAAGUUAGUGAAUUUACUAGUAGCUACAAACAAUUUUGGAAUGAACAAAAUAAGAAUAAAGAAGCAAUAAUUCAAAAUGAUGAUGAUGAACAAGAUAAUAAAAUAGAAGAAAUAGUAAUAAAUGAUAAGCAAGAAAAAGUAAAACAAAUUAAGAAAAAAGUAAAAAAAAAUAAAGUUGUUCCAAAGAAUCAGCAAAAAUUAAACAAUUCGUCAGGUGAUUGGGACAUUGACGAUAUAUUUGAUCAAGCUGAAAAAAAAGUUGCAGAAAAACUAAAAAAUAAAUUGGCAAAAAGCAACAAAGUCACAAAUAAAUUAAAACCUAAAAACAAAAAAGCUACAACUAAAAAUAAUAAAAAAAUCGACCUUAGCAUGCCUUCUCAAAGCAAAAAACAAAUAAUUGAUGAAAAAAUGAAUGAAACAACCCAUAAAACAACAAACAAUAAUACAAAUAAUAACAUAGAUGCUUUAAAAAACAUUAUCAAUCUUGACAACUCAAACACCCAAUCAAACAACAUCGAUCCUGAAAAGUUCAUGAAACCAAAAGUUACCAACCUAGAUUCUGCCCUACCAUCAUUGAUAAUUGAAAAUGAAAAUAAUAACAACCAAAAACAUGUCAUCAUGGAAGCAUUUGAAGACAAUGACAUUGUAGAAGAUUUUGCAAAAGACAAACAAGAAGAAGUGGACCAAGACAAACCUCAAGACAUCGACCUAAAUCUUCCUGGUUGGGGCUCGUGGGCUGGAACAGGCAUAGACCCAAAAAAACAAAGAAAACGUAAAAGAUUUAUUAUAAAAAUGCCUGAAACCAUGCCUAGAAGAGAUGACAAUAAGGGCUCUCUAAUAAUAAACGAAAAAGCUGCUGCUAAAAUUAAACCUCAUCUAGUUUCUGAAGUACCAUUUCCAUUUAAAACCGUAAAAGACUAUGAAGCAAGCAUAAGAACUCCAAUUGGUAAUAGUUUUGUACCAGAAUUGGCUUAUAGGAGGUUUAUAAGGCCCGCAGUGGAAACCAAAAUGGGAGCUGUAAUUGAACCUGCUACAACUAGUAUUUUAAUGGGGAAACCCAAAAAAUAAUGUUAGAAUUUGAAUAAAAACAGUUUUUAAAAUUAUAAAAUUUGCUAGAAUUUAUUUUUAUUAUAUAUACUUCUAAAAAUUUCCAUGUUGGUAUUUUUCAUUGGAAAAGUAUGAAAUUUUGAUAUAAUGAGCUUCUAACUUUUCUCUUUUUUUCCUGAAAGUUUCAUAAUUUUCUCCUCGGUAGUUUUCCAGAGAAAUGGUAAAAUGUAUGAUGGUGCAUUUUUGCUUAAUUUAAAAUAAAUUUUCAUUAAUUUCCCAUUUUGGGAUUUUGGUAUUUUUCACUGGAAAAGUUUGAAAUUUUAGUAUGAUGAGCUCCCAACUUUCCUCUUUUUCCCCUAAAAGUUUCUCAAUUUGCCCCUUAGUAGUUUUCCAGAGAAGUGGUAAAAUGUAUGAUGG